UAGGAUGGUUGUGCUCACCAUCGCCAUAAGCUUUCAGGUGAUGGCUUUAGCAUGGCUUCUCUCUUCCUCCUCGGAUACGUCACUUGGGAAAAAAAUGCCCUUCGGUUCAUUUGCCGACGUCCACUCAUUCCCAGAUGAUGAGUUCGACGACCAAAGCAUCGCCCACACUGUUCUUCCGAACCACCUCCUCACUCUGCGAGCUCCCAAAGGGCACAGCAACCUCCAUGAUGAUCUCCAAUGGAAUCUAGAACGUCAAGAUCCUCACGCGUCGAACGAUCUUUAUGUGCUUCGAACGCAAGUCAACGGCCAUAAUCCGCGAGUCAACGGCCAUAAUCUGCGAGUCAACGGUCAUAAUCUGCGAGUCAACGGUCGGAAAGACGGAUUUCAAGAAACCGGUGGUCAAUCACUAGCGGGCGCGGAGGAUCUGGCUCGUCGUCCAUCGCAAGUCAACGGUCAAGCUCUGCGAAUGGACGGUCAAAGUCUGCAAAUCGACGGUCAAAAUUCGCAAAUCGACGGGCAGAAUCUGCAGUUCGAUGGUGAAAAUGACGAAAUCGGUGGACAGACGAUCGGCUGGUCAGCGGCUACGGCAUGGAGACGAUGGCCGUCGAUAUCCUCCCGGUCCAGGAUGAUGAAGACACGUGGCUUGUUGUCGUCAACCCUCAGCUUUUCAGGAUCGCCAGAUAACACCCACCUCCUCCGUUCUCCACUUCCUAACACCAAGGAGGAAAGCGCCAGCAGCAGCAGCAGCAGCAGCAGCACCAGCAUUCUGGCCAGAAGGGAUAGCAAUGCCAGUAGCCUCGGUGGCAGCACGGGGUGCUGCUCGAGGAGCAGCAAAACCGGCGCCGCCAGGUCCAACACCAGCCCCGGCAUCAGCGCCGGUAUCGCGAUCGCCAUCGCUGGCGCCGGCAACCCAGUCAUCGCUGGGCCCAUCGUGCGGUUCCAAGCACGGGCGGGUCGUCACCGAUCCGACGGUUCGUAUCACGGGUUAGGCAUCUGGCAAGCCGGCAGCAACGCUGGCACCAGCUCCGACACCAGUGCCGCCGGUAUCCCGACCGCCAUCGCUGUCGCUGCCAGGAGCGGUAGCAGCCGAGGCACCAUCAGUGGGACCAUCGGUGGGACCACCACCGGUCCCAGCAUCGGUACUACUAGCAGUGACGGCGGCCGCGGCGGCACCAGCGCCGACGCCAGCGCGGGCAUCACCGGCGGAAGCAGCUUUGGCAUCGGAUGCACCAGCGGGAGAAGAAGGGGCACCAGCAGCGGCGCUGCCAUCGCCAGCGCAAGCUAUGGCAGCAGCAGGAGGAGGAGGAGCCUCCUACAGCAGCGCCUGCAUUACGACCCCAAUGAGAUCCUUCAUCCGUCUGGCUGCCCCGUCGAUUUUCGACCCCUCGAUUUCGGUCCAUUUCAGCGGCCUUGUAAUCCCCGGGUGCCGACGUUCGCCGCCUGCUGCGCGCCGCUGCAGCUAAUCACGGGCAGCCAGCUGGCAACCGUGCCGAAGAGCGCCAUGCCCGCUUGCUUGAUUGCUUUGCAAGACGUGUUGACGUCAAUGAGAUAUCCUGGAUACAACAUAGUGAUGAUGUGUAAUCGAGCUGACGUGGGCGAUGACAAGCUGGGGUUCGGUAGCAGUGCUGGCCAGUCUGAGCAGCAGGGGGAGGGCGAUGAGCCCAGUGAGGGGCCCGAGAAGAGGCAACCUCCUCCUCCUCCUCCUCCUCCUCCUCCUCCUCCCGCUGGUGCUGGUGCUGGUGCUGGGGGUGAUUUGCCCUCAGGUACUGGGGAGAUGGCUUCGGGCACAGGCUCGGUAGCUCCCAGAGGAAGAGAUUCGGUUAAGGGAUCGGCAGCAGCGCCGGUGGAUAAGGAUGCAGCGAAAGCCUCGACGACGGGAGCUUCACCGUCGUCGGAUCAAUCUCAUCGAACGAGCGCGACGAGGACGGGGGCUCGAGACCCAACGACGACCAGCGAACCGACCCAAGAAGUGGCGAGCCAUCAUCAACCCGUGUCGGAGGAGAACGCGAAUCGUGGAGCAGAAACUGGAAGAGAUCCUCAUGUAAGACCUCAGUCCCAACCUGGGGCCGCCGCCUGGGCCCAACCCGAGUCCCGACCUGGGACCUCGAUCCACUUGACCGGCAGUGGGUCGCAGGGCACAAACUUCAGGGCAAAGACGGCAAGUGCUACAUCCGCAGCGGCAGCGCCAGGCUCGCAGAGAAGAGACGACGAAAGUCAAGGAGGGGGGAGAAGUGGGAGUGGAGGUGGUAUAAAUGGGGGGGGUCACCGCGGUCCAAACGUUGGCAGUGGUCCUUUGAGUGACGUGAAACAUCCCGGGAUGAUCGGGAUCCCGUCAUGGGGAGGAGAUGAGAGAGGAGGUGGUGGUGGUGGUGGUGAGCAAGACCUGAGGACACGAUCCCGACAGGAAGGGCUUGCCCCCCCUCCCCCUGCUGCUUCGGCCGCUGCCAUCCCGACAAGAUGGGCAGGAACUUCUGAAGAAUAUGCGACGUCCCGACUGAGACCAGGCUUGUCGGACUCCGCAGCAACGGGUGAGUCCAAGUCAAACAUCGGCACCGAGUCAACGGCUGCACUACCUUCUCUCCCUCCUGUCAAUCUCGAAAGCCCACGCAAGCGCACCACCUACACCAUUCCUCCUCCUGCUCCUGGUUCACUCACUCCUGGUCCUGGUUCAGCUGUCAGUCCUACCCCCGUUCCUUUUGUUCCUGGUCCAGCAGGCCCUCUUGUUCCUCCUGGUUCAGUCGGCGCGCUUGUUCCUUCUGUUCCUGGUCCAGCAGGCCAUCUUGUUCCUCCUGGUUCAGUUGCAGUUGUUCCUGGUGCUGAUGCAGUGAAUCCAGACACAGUUAUGAUCAGUAAUCCUCCUUCUGUGCCUGGUUCAUUGCUUCCCCCCUCUUCUUCGUCUGCAACAGAGCGGUCCGGAUCGGGUUCAGGCAUUAGUGAGGAGUACUUCGAUCCCGACCUGCCAGCUGCAUUCCAGGCGCAGCCUCCACAAAGGCAACCACGUUCUUCAGGAGGUCAGUCUCCCGGGACCACCACAUCCUCUUCUUCUUCUUCUUCUUAUCCUUUUUCACAAAAGACCGUACGGUCUCCAGGGACCGUACGGAAUUCGCCACGUGGGCAAUCUAACAUGUUUGUCUCUUCACCUGACAUGCGUGAUCGCGGCAUGUCCCGAUCCCGACAUUCUGCAGCAGGUCCUGUGGAUGGAAAAGACCCAUCGGAUCGGACAACGGACGGUGGAGAUUACUCUGGUGCAGAAUCGGACGGUGCGCAAGAUAAGGCGAAUUACUCUGCAGCACCAGGGAGCGAAAGAGGGAAGAUUCACAAGAACGGCAGUAGCAAAAUCAGUAGUUUGAGCUUGUGGCGCGAUGAUCCUUGGAGGAUAAGCACACUAAUUACACUCAGCAUGAGUGUCAUCGUCAUCCCUCUGGCGGAGAUCCUUGGUCUCGACAACUCGGUGGCUCAUCUCCAAGACCGCCUUCAGCGGGUGGAGCAGCGACCAGUCGCCGACGCCGACGCAGGCUCUUCCAAUACUGCCGACCGCCUCACUGCAUUGGAGAUGCACGUCGGCUCCCUCCAGGACGGCGCACAGUUACAGCAGACUGCGACGCAACAGCUGCAGCAGCGGAUCUGCACUACCGCCACCACCUCGAGUCCGGAGCCGCGCGAGACAGCUCCUAAGUUCGAUGGGCAAGAGAUCUUCCACGACUCAAUCAAGACAGAUCCAAUUCCAUGGUUUCGCAAGUUCGAGCUCACGUUGCAGCUCCACAACGUCAAGGAACACAAGCAUCACGCCUACUUGUACUCUCGCUCAGGGGGCGCGUGUCAGGCGUGGUUGGACAACCUGUUGUCCAAGUACGGAGUGGUAGCUAACGACUUACACACCAAGAUCACCUGGGAUGAUCUGAAGGCGGCGUGGCACAAGCGGUUCCAGGUGGAGCCGCCAGAGAUCAAAGCCAUGGACAAGCUCAUGGUCUUCGAGCAAGGCACGCUGCCGAGUACGGACUGGAUUGCCGAGUACCAACGCUUGACGUCAGUCCCAGACAUCCAGAUGGGCUUCAAGGCCAUCCGCCACUACUUCAUCUCAAGGUCAUGUCCGACAUUGGGCAAUGCCCUGACGCAUGUCGAGGACACCUUGACGACGACGGCGGAAUUGUUUGACAAGGCUGCGCAGAUCAUCGUUACGAACAAGGAGGCCAAGAAUCCCGUUCUUCUGCGUCAGGCCCGAGCAGGGACCAGCAUCGGCCAAGAGUGGCUGUGGUCGCAGCGGCAACGCCCGUCGACCAAUCCAGCGAGGCUGCGUCUGCCGGUGAAGGGGACAGAUUCGCAGCAGCCCGGGAAGGUGGCCGCCCCGGCAGAGGCCGAGGUCGCGGCAAGCCGAAGACACACACCGUUUCUAGCCCCGGGCCCGGUGCAGCAGCUCAGACAGGCCCAUGGACCCCGUAUGGCAUCACCGAGUCCGCCUACAAGGCACGCAAGAGAUUCCAUUACUGUCUGUGGUGCAACAGCGAUCUUCAUCAGACGCAAGGUUGCCCACUCAAGGGAAAGGGUCGACAGGGAAACUGAGCACCGCCGAGAGUGACGCGACGACACUCUCGAUGCCUUCGGAACUGGUUUCUUCGCGAGUGACCAGCCUUCAUUCCGAGGCGCACGCGGAAGUC